UAUUACCUUUUUAUUUAAUUAAAGUGUUUUUUCGUUUAUUUUGUAUUUUACAGGUAUAACUUAAAGUCAAAAGUGCACUCUUGAAAGACUCAACGGUUUGACACAUCACAAUUUCUCCGUAAUAUUUCCAUCUCGGGACUAAAGUAAUUUGAUAAUUAACACCUGAAACGGGUCAACCGGUGCUCUAAGCUUUAUAAAUUGUUCAUACAGUUAUUUAUAUUACUACUAUCUGUUAGUUAGUCACCUUUUUCCUUACCUAACCGGCGAUUUAGCAUUCGAAAGUCGUUAUACUUUGCCGACAGACACUUUGUAAGAUUAAUUGAGGAUUUUUUGUAAAAAUGACUGAAAGUUCGCCAGAUGAGUCUAGUUCGAAGAGGAAGGACUUCAUCUGCGGCGUUGUGGAAGGCUUUUACGGUCGCCCAUGGACCACGGAGCAGAGGAAAGACCUAUUUCAAAAAUUAAAAAAAUGGGGCAUGGACAUGUACGUGUACGCCCCGAAGGACGACUACAAGCACCGAGCGUACUGGCGCGAGCUGUACACUGUGGAGGAGGCAGAGCAUCUGACGUCACUGAUCGCGGCUGCGCGCGCGCAAGGCAUAGAGUUCUGCUACGCUCUCUCACCGGGGCUGGACAUCACUUACAGCAGCCAGAAGGAGAUCACUACGCUCAAGCGGAAACUUGAACAGGUGUCUCAGUUCGGCUGCACAUGUUUCGCGCUAUUGUUCGACGACAUUGAACCGGAGAUGAGUGAGGCCGACAAACAGAUCUUCCAGAGCUUUGCUCAUGCGCAAGUGUCAGUGACAAAUGAGAUCCACCAGCACCUGGGCUGCCCGCGGUUCCUGCUAUGCCCCACGCAGUACUGCAGCACCCGCGCCGUGCCCUCCGUCAACAGCUCCGAAUACCUCAACACGCUCGGCACCAAGCUCUCCCAGCAGAUCGACGUCAUGUGGACCGGUCCAAGAGUGAUAUCGAAGACACUGACAACAGAAUGUAUUGAAGAGAUCACUCAAGUGCUGCGGCGGCCUCCAGUCAUCUGGGACAACCUGCACGCGAAUGAUUACGACCAGAAGAGGAUAUUUCUAGGUCCCUACUGCGGGCGCUCCCCGGAGCUGAUCCCCCUGCUCCGCGGCGUGCUAACCAACCCCAACUGCGAAUACAACGCAAAUAUGAUUCCCAUCUGGACUCUGGCUCACUGGGCUAGCUGUAGUCUCGACGCACCACAACAUAUGGAAGCAGUGUCAUGGGAUAUAAAGCUAGAGCGGGAGAGCGAAUCUGGUGUGUGUGAGGACGAAACGCCUCUACCUCUCGGAAAACACGUUUAUCAUCACCGUCAAGCGCUCAGGCAAGCCAUAACAGAAUGGCUCCCAGAGUUCUCGAUACCGAAGACUGCGCAGGGGCCUGUUAUAAAGCCGCAACCACCAGUAACAGUGCCUCCAGUGCCCAUCAUCCCGAUCCUGCCUUCGGUGAACACGUGCAUGUCGCUGGUGACAAGCACACUGAACACCUCGACGACCAGUACUGCUGAUAUGAGCUCAGCGAUACCAAGUGUGUCGACCACGCAGCUUCAGGCGCUGGCUGAUGUAUGCUGCCAUGUACCAGCGCCGAUAUUGUCUACUUCGGUUGCACCGAUCGAGCAGUUCAACCCGGUGCCCAACCCGGUUAUGAACUCCCUGGUGUCCCCCACGAAGGUCAUCCUGAACGAAUCCAUACCCAACCCGAUCAUACCUAUCGCUUCUUCCAACAUAGCGUCGGCAAUGCCUUCGGAAAUCCCAGUGUCCACUCUCCCCGUCCCAAUAUUGGGGUUGAAAAACUUAGAAGAAAAUGGAGAAAAGGACCAAUCAGAUCAGAGUAUGGAAAGGUCGGAUAAGAGUGAGAUUGGCAACGAGAGUGUGUUGGAGAGUGAGAGCUUCAUAGAAGACAUGAAGAAGGACAAAGAAGACGAUAUAAUUGUGGAUGAUGUGGAGCCCGGCGUUGAUGUGCAGCAGCAGAAUGGAGAUAUGAGCGUUAAUGACACGCCUCAGACGCUGUCCCCGUCGCGGGGCUCCGCCCCCGAGCCCGGCGAGGAGCCGCUGGACGUGGAUCCGCCCGCCGCCGCCGACACCGACGUCGUCAUGAACGAUACCAUGAGCGAGAGCGGGUCGAUGCAGGUCGAGCCGAGCAACAGCCCCCUCAGCACGGACAUGAUGGUGGAGCCGAUAGAUCCUGUCGACGUGACGGAUGAGUCAGUGGAAGACCCGGCAGUGGAGGAGAACGCGCUAACAGCGGACGACCUACUGCUGCUGUGCGAUCUGUUCUACCUGCCGUUUGAGCACGGGUCCCGCGGGCUGCGCAUGCUGCACGACUUCAACUGGCUGCUCACUCACGCCGCGUCCAUACUGCCGCGAGCUGGGAACAAGCCCGAGACGAGCGAGUGGCGGCGGCGCCGCGGGCGCUUCUCGUGGUGGUGCGGGCGCGCGCGGCGCCUGGCGCGGCGGCUGGGGAUGGCCCGCAACGGCGAGCUGCGCGCCGAGCUGCGGCCCUACGUGUGGGAGCUGUGCGCCGUGCUGGCGCUGCUGCACGGGUUCAUACGCUGGCUGGAACUGGGGAAGUUCCCGGCGAAUAUAUCAUCGAACACUCAAGGCAGUUACACGUGGUUCUCGAAGGGCUGGCGCGAGGCGUUCGAGUCGGGCGCGCAGGAGCCGUGGGUGUUCCGCGGCGGGCUGCCGGCGGACCUGCGGCGCCUGCUGCCCGUGGAGGGGGGGGACGUGCCAAGGCUCACGGCGCCGCCCGGCCUGCCGCUCACCGUGCGGCCCUACACCGUGCACGACGAGGCCACCGUAUGCGCCAUAUGCCACAAGACGUGUCGCGACGGCUCCGACUGCAGUGACCUGUUCCCAAGCGACCUUCAGACGUUACCAGCUGAUCGACUUGUAGCGCCAUUCCUGACACUAACCCCGGAGCUGUGUAUGGUGAUAGAAGAUGACGAAGAGUUGACGGCUCAGGAAGGGACCGGCGACGCGGUGGAUGACGAGGGCAGGGAACAUCGCCUUCCCAUGUUUCCUUCAGGCACAAAGUCGGAGAUAGUGGGGUAUGCGUGCGCGGCGCUGAACAGCAAGGAGUUCUACAAGCGGCAAGAGAUCGCGUGGAUCCCGGAGAUGUGCACUAAAUACCCUGAACAUCUGGUGGAGAGGGAGGAUCUUAGUCAAGCCGCUAAGGAGUGCGUGCGCCACUUCCACCAGUUCGCGCAGCAGGCGCGCGCGCCCGAGGCGGUGUGCCGCGCGCACCCCGCGCUGCUGACGUGCUGCGUGCUGCCCGCGUGCCGCGACCGCGCCGCGCCCGCGCGGCUGCUCACCUGCCUGCUGGCCGCGCUGCGGGCGCACGGUGCAAACGGCGUGCACGCGUGCAUCAACGCCACGGACCAGUACCUGGUGCAGUUCUACAGCAAGCUGGGCUUCGUGGAGGUAGCGCGCGCCGACCACGGCCACCUGUACCUGGCGCGGACCUUCUAGCGCCCGCAGCCGCGCCCGCCCGCCAGGUUAGUGUGUCGCUAUUUCCACGUUAAAGCGCGACGCGGACGGCGCGGGCGGCGCUCGCAGUGACUUCCAAACGUCUGCCUGUAAGCUUCACCAGUUACUAUAUACUAUCUAAUACACUUAUGUGAGGAGCUCGGUGGCGCAGCGGUAAACGCGCUCGGUCUGCGAUUGUUGAAGUUAAGCAACUUUCGCAAAGGCCGGUCAUAGGAUGGGUGACCACAAAAAAAGAUUUCAUCUCGAGCUCCUCCGUGCUUCGGAAGGCACGUUCAGCCGUUGGUCCCGGCUGCAUUAACAGUCGUUAAUAACCAUCAAUCCGCACUGGGUCCGCGUGGUGGUUUAAGGCCCGAUCUCCCUAUCCAUCCAUAGGGAAGGCCCGUGCCCCGGCAGUGGGGACGUUAAUGAGCUGAUGAUGAUGAUACUUAUGUUAAGCCGUUGGUCCCUGUUCUACUUAAGUAGUCGUUAAAUGAGCUAUGACACGCCUUUGGCGGCUCAAUAGUAACCCAGGGUUAACGAGGUUGGUAAUCCACCUCACAACCCACAGAAUAGAAUAUUCUAAGUGAUCCUGUCUUUAUUUGUAUCUGCUGUCACUGUUGAUGAGCGAUAGAGGGCGUUUUUAUUAAAUUUCUGUAACUUAAGGCUGGUAUUCUAGCCAUGGAAGCGGCCAACCAGCUCGCGACAACAAAUACUUAACACGUUAAACGCCAUGAUGGGCACCAUAUGUCCAGCAACAGACUUACCGCCGGGGCCACGCCAAAAAUGUGAGAAUUGACCAAAAAUUGUAGAGACUUUUAUGUGAAUGUUGUUUGGAAAUAACUAAAAAAUAAUAGGCCGCUUAAGGAAAACGUGAUUUACUCAUUAUUUUCCAAGAUGUCAAACACCAGUGUCUACCAUUUGACAUCUAUCCCGUAACUCACUCGGCUAGACCAUGAAUUUUAAUCUGGCGUUAAACGUGUUAGUUAAAAACUCUUGAUCUUUAUACUUUAGCCCCCACGGCACAGCAACUGAGCCACGCGCGGCGCGAAUUAAUAGCAUUCACUGCAUCUGUUGCUCGAUUCUCUCGAUAUAAGUCGCGUCUCACGUGGCGCGGUUGCUGUGUCGCGUUAGGCCAGGAGUCUAUAUCUAUCCAGAUCCGCAUAGCACUGGCUGGAAUAUGAUUCUCUAUAGCGCGUCUCGACAAGAUUCCAUCGAAGACUGAGCCUUUAGAGAAUCACAUAGUUGCAUGAAUUUAAUAGUUAUUACUUUGAUGUUAAAAGAUUAAUCAUGGUUUAUUCAUGAUUUUUGGAUAAAUCUAUCGUUAUUAACUGGUUCUUCUUCUUCUAUCGUGUGGGUUGUGACGUGGAUUACCAAGCUCAUCAACCCUGGUGUCAGGGUUAUUAUUGAGCCGCCAAAGGCCCCUGACAUGGCUCAUGUAACGAGUACUUACAUCAGUAAGUAGUAACCGGGACCAACGGCUUAACGUGCCUUCCGAAGCACGGAAAAUGCGUCAGUGAUAGUCCCAACUUUCGUGUAAGCUAUUAGGUGCAAAAUGAUGGUUACUUUUUAAAAAGUAAAUGGGUUUGAGUUUUUAAGAAAUAGUUCAUAAAGAUCGUAGACAUUUGACACAAAAUUUAAUCCAAUACAGGUUAGGUCACACACUGCUGAAAAGCAUUUCUCGGGAAUGUGGACCCAACUUGAAUUGAAUUGAUAGGAAAUGUAAAAAAGGCAUGUUUUGGUAAUACUAAGCUCAAUCCCAUUAUUACAUGGUGCAUCCCGACUGUUAAAUAAUAUAUAUUUCCAAUCCAUAUCUAUCACAUUAUUUUGUAGAAAUACUUAAAAGUAAACUUACAUUAAAACUGUAAUUCUAAGUAUAAAUUGAAAAAUGUAGGUAAAUAUUAAAUGUAAGUAAUAUGGCUUCAGAUAUCUCUGGGGUUAAACACGCGACAUUGAAGCAAUUAACCUAAAAAGCAAUAUUGCUAUUUGACAUUUGUUGAUAUUGCGCACUUACUUUUAUAUGCGCAAAUGUCAAAUUGCAAUAUUGCUUUUUUGAUGAAUUGCACAAUGUGGCCUUUUUAGGCCCGUAGUUUUACAGCACAGAAGAUUUGUUUAAAAAAAUAAGGGUAGUAAAUAAUAAUGGUGCUAAUUCCUGCAGACGUCAUCUAAUCUUAUUUUAAGUUACACCUGUCAUUUUCUUAUCCGCCGAAAAGGAAAGGGGCGGGUAAUCGAUAGGCAUAAAAUUUAUGGAACAUACGUCAAUUUUAAGCAGAAAUCUAAAAUAACCGUCUAAACAUUUUACUCGGCCAAUAAAACGACAGAAUUAAGUUGACAGCACACGUCAAACGGUUUGCAUACCAGCGAGAUACUUUAUGAUUCGCUCGGAUUAUUCAUUCAUUUACUCAUUCUUAAAAUUUACGACUGUCAAUCAUCCGUCUCUUUCCCUUUCAGCGAAUAAGAAGAUGACAGGUAUAACUUAAAGUAAAAUUAGGUGUCUGCAGGAAUCGGGGCUAACGUAUCAUUUUUGCUAAGCCUCGUUGCUCUAUUAAUUAUUUGUAGUAAAAGGGAGUGUGGGAAGUUGGCAAAACCCAAUACUAUGCGUUCUGCCUAAGGUAUCGUCUCUCUGUUGGUUCACCAAUCAGAUAUUUUAAUGGUGUAGUCGUUCUAAGGUGUAUUUAGCAAUUUAUUGAGCUGUUUCGUAUGUGAAUAGUAUUCGGACAAAAUGGCUAGUCAAAUGUAUGGGAAAGACUGACUGUUCGAUCGAAGGGCAUGUGAUAUAUGUAUGGUUCGGAUAGAUAUUCUGUGAAUCUAUAAAUCUUGAAUAAGCAAUGGAAAUUUUAAAUUUGAGCGUAACAAUUUUCAACGUACUCUCAUUACCGAUUUAAAAUCAUAUGGUUUAUGUCCGCCAUAUUGGUAUUACCUCGGAGUGGCGGCAAAUAUAAAGUUUUUUAUCGGUCAAUUUUUUUACUAAUAGAAAAUUAUUUUAUUAACCGACUUAGUAGGUACUAAUUUUAUUAUCAGUAGUACAGUACGUUGUAAUUGAUAAAUUUACAAUUUAGUAUGUGAUUAUAAAAUAUUAAAAACGUGGUAGAUUGAUAAUAAGUAAAAUUCAAAUAAAAAAAUGUAAAUUAAAAAAUCUAUAAAAAAACAAUAAAAUAAAAAAUUGACUUUUCUUACUUUUCUAAUGCACAUUCUUAAGACUUUAUUAUUUUAGGUUCACUAAAGAUAAGGUUUUAUAAAUAACUGUAUUAUGUCUAUGUAAUUAUGAAUAAUAAUUAAAUGUGUUCUUAUACGGAUUGAUUUCGAAUUUAAAAAGACCAAUGUUACUUACAGAAAAUAUUAUGUGCUAUUUAAGUAAAGACGUAAAUACAGACGAAAGUAUUAAUAAUUUGUCGAUUUAUAAAUUUCGUGCACAAAUGCAUGUGAUAAAAAUAAAUGUUGCCAGUUUCUAAACAAGAAAUAUCUUUUUUAAUUCGAAAUCAAUUUUAAAUGCUGUUCCAUAACAAUUAAAAAUAUGUAUCGCCGCUAAUGCAAAUAAUAUCAUAAGCUAAUUCUGUGUCCUGUGCAAUGCUAAAAUUAUACAAUCUAUAUAGUUUUAGCAUUGUACAUUAUCUAUUUUGAACAUUGACUUCAUUAUUUUACCACUUACGUAUGAAGAAUUACUUUAUCUAAUUCCCUCUAGUAAUCUCGUUAACACAAUAAUAUCCGUUGAGCUUCCUUGUAAUAAUAAGCUAAUUUCCAACUAGUGAAAUCAGUUACUUUUUACUAGACGUCGAAACACAAAAUGACUAUGGAAUUUGUAUUAAAAGCAACCUGUUACGUCAUAGAAAAACGUAACAGAAAGUCGCACUUAUUAUUACAUUUUCUUGAUUAAAAUUCAUAAAUAGAUUAAAUAGAAAAAGAAAACGUUAUGUCACCUUUAGAUCUGUCUUUAUUUAGUAAUCCGAAUUUCAUAAUUUAUCUUUGACCUAGGAAACUACCCAAUUGGUGGAGAUUGGAUCACUCAUCAUCAGUUUUAUAGCCGCCUCUUAAAAGUAAAGAUCACUGAACAGUUAAAACUAUAUGAAAAAGUAACUUAUACUUCAAAAACAUGAUGUAUAACAAUAAGGCCGCCCAAAUUGUACUGUAUUCAUGUGUUAUGUUUGAUUGUUGAAAUUUUAGUUCUGUGCAAUAAAGUAUAUUUGAUUUGAUUUGAUUUGAUGUAUGUAAGUGGUAAAAUGUGAGUUUGGGAAUAGUUAAAUCCUAGUCGUAGUUAUAAUCGAAUCGUCCCUAGCUUGAUCAUUAAUAAACGGUUUUAUUCAAAAUACUAUUAUUUAGAAUCAUAUUGCAAAUAUCGAUGUGUUUUUCAAUUUAAAGGGUUUUCUGAGGUGUUUAUUGGUUUUCUAAUUUACGAAAAGAUGUCAUUUUUUCGCAUCUGGCAACACUGUAAACACCAUAGAAUAGAGACACGAAACUGUAAAAAAAGUCAUACAAAAAUAAACGCACGCCCGUAAUGGGGUGACCAACGCCAUAAAAACCACAAUAACAUGUCGAUAUUUUACUAAAAACAAUAUUUUAACAUCCUUUUCCAAAAUUAUUUUAGCUUAGCAUUCCAUUUAGUUUGAACGCGUCAUGCACAAAAAUCGCAUUUACAAAACAAUGCUUUUAGAAAUAAGUUUGAUUUUUAAUUAACAUCAUUUUAGUGUUUGAAUAAUCACAAAUUAUUUGUUCGAAGCCUCAGUAUUAUGGCAAUAUUUAUUAUGUUUAUAUAUAUAAAUAUAAGUGCAGUCGAUAGUAAAUUAUAAUAAUAAGCAGAUCUUAUGAUUUUAUGACAGCAUUAAUUUUAGAUUUCUAGCGUUUCGACUGUACAUUUUAAAUUGCGAUGUUCCUUUGUUUUAGUACCUAUUUACUAAGAAAUAUUGUCUUGUAUCUAUAUAUUUUAUUCUGCGCAAUAAAAUUAAACAUGUCCAUAUUUUUACACAAACCUAUAGUAUUAAGUAUAUGUAAAAUACAAAUUGUAAUCUGCAUUGCGUCUUUGUGUAACCGUAGAUUUUUAAGCCCAAUGUCGGUUUUGUUUAGAAUCGAUCUUUUAACUUCAGAAGAGGCUGUAUACUCGAAGUCUUUGCCUGUACAUGUUGUACUAUUAAAAUUAAACUCGUUGCAAUAACCAAUCAAAUCAUUCUGUGGCUGGAAAAACAAGUCUUUUAUAAGACAAGAUUUUACGUUAGUGUUUAAAUAUUUUUUGGGAAUGGUAAUUAUUUAUGUUCUUUACAAAUUGUAUUAUUAUUUACCAGAGCGAUUCUAAACAGAAACAAUUUAAUGUGUUUCAUAUUUUUUGUUAUAAUUUAUCAACUAUGGUGCAGCUGUCAUGAAGAUAAAUCAAUAAAUUAUAUAAAAUGCA